GCAGUCAGGCAAUGUCGCCGCCUCGCCAUCCAUCUCACCGACCGGCCGCCCGCGGAUGCUAAACGCUCAAAGGACAAAUUUGAUCAGCUCGCUCAACCGAUGGCCCAUCCCCGAACUCCCUGACACCGGCACAUCGCCAGGGAAAACGCGGGCAUCUGCGAAGCGAUAGGUGAAGAAAGGGAAAAGGGGCUAGCUAGAUUGUGGAGACUAUUGUGCGCCUGGGGUCGGCCAGGGGAGAGAGAGCGAGAAAGAGAGAGAGAGAGCGAGCGAACGAACGAAAGAAGCGCCAGCGGUCUGAUGCUGCAGAAAAUUCGCCAUUGUUUGGAUGAGCAAGCCAAGCCAACGAUAGCGUUUAGAAGCAACGCAAACUCUUCUCGCCCCGUCUUUCAUUCGCAAGGGGUCCUCCACAUCACAACAAUGGCUCCAUCGCUGAUCUACGUGGUAUAUCUGCUUUUCAGCAUCCAGGGCCUGUCAGCCUUCCAGGUGACCCUACGAGACGAGUCCUUGAUAUCCAUGGCGUUAGAACCCUCGGACCUCAGAGAAAACGUCACGGCGUACGCAGUCCGAAUCUCAGGAGAGCCCCGCACCCACUUUUUGCCCUUCCAGAACCAGAACGUCAACCAGAACCUGAGUGAGGGUUUGGGUCAGCAGGUGGUCCUGCCCGCCCCACUGCUCUUCAACACCUCUUUCCAUGGCCUGGCCUACACAGUGGGCCUGCUGGUGGAGAACGGAACCGGAAGGGCCUGGUCGAAACCGGUCGAAACCAGAACCAUACUCACAAAGCCCCUUCCCCUGGACGGCGUGCUAAUCUCAGAUUACAAAUCCUCUCCGGAGACGGGGGUGGUGUUCGAGAUUAGCUCGCCCGAGAGGAACGUCUUCAGCCGGGUGAACAUCAGCUAUGCCGAGGGCCGCGAGCUGCGAUACAUGCUCUACAAAGACUUCUCCAGGGGGAAGACGGUCUUCAAGCACUGGCUGCCAGGAACCUGCUACAGCAACAUCACCUUCCAGCUCAUCUCCGAGGCAACGGCCAAUAAGAACACUCUGGUGAGACGGAGUGACAUCAGCCAUGAGCCACGGCAACACAGAACAGUGCCCAAUCCCCCACUGAACAUCUCACUGAAGGUGGUACACCUCAAUAGGGAGGGCGUCCGGGAGAGUUUGGUGAGAGAGAGCCCAUCGGAAUUGGGUGGUGGUGGUGCUCGCGCCGCCAGAGACGUACCCCUCAUGGAGGAGCAGGAGCAGGGGCAGGAGCAGUCAGAGUUGGCCGGCAGACAGGAGGAGGCGGCGGGCUCAGAUUCCGCUACCUUGACCCCCAAGCCCCCAAGUCGGAACGGCAGCGAUCCCGACCGCACGACAGACGACUACGCUGAUGUGAACGCUCAAGACUCAGAUGCUGUGACCAGUCUGCCAUCAUCGUCUGAAAAGGCUGACAACAACCAAUCGGCCGAGGUGGUGACGCCGUUUCAUUGGCCGAGGCCCACGGGAAGUCCCUCGCUGACGGAGGACGACUUUGUGAAUGCGGUGGUGCCGGAGUACGAGGACUCGAACGAGCCCGGCUCGGCCAUGGACAUCGCCAGGGAGACGGAAGCAUUGGUUACCCCGACCCCACUGCCCCCCAUCCUCCUGGAGCUAAGAUGGCUGCCCCCUCGCCCCCCCACCACCUAUGACGGCUUCAACAUAUACAUCUACAGAGAUGGGAACUCCACAGAAACUGCUAUGGUGGACGAGAACACUCACGAGUUCUUCACGGAGCUGACGGAACCCGGAACAUACCAUGUGCGGGUCACCACCCUUAGCUCCACUGGCGACUGUGAAGCCAGAGAGAGCACGGCAGACACGGGAUUCACCUUCUACCUCAGUCCCAGUGGUGAGUGGCUGCAGCAGCCUACGGAGCGUCCCCACUCGGUGCACGUGCGUCUGCUGACCUCCACCACGGCGGCGGUGAGCUGGGCCCCCGCCACCCAGAGCCACAACGGCAGCCUGGUGUCCGUGCUGUCCAUGACCUGCCUCAAGCCCAGCCUCAGCCAGCGCAUGGAGACCACCUUCUGCUCAGAGGAGAACAUCACCAGUGACAUCAUCACCAACCUGACUCCAGGAGCACAGUACAGGGUGGUGGUGUACCACACCAACGGGCCCCUCAUCAGCCCUCCCUCUGAGCCAGUCAUCAUUGACAUCGAGGCAACCGGGGUGUGGGACCUGGUGGUGUACCCGCUCAGCCCCACGGCGGUCAUCCUGAGUUGGCAGAGGCCGUACCACGUGGCGUUCCGCAAGUACGUCCUGCAGACCUUCUACUUCAACCCCGCCACGCUGGCCUCCGAGUGGACCACCUACUACGAGAUCGCCGCCACCGCCUCCGUCAUCGCCUCUGUGAGAGUGACCGACCUCCUGCCUGCCUGGUACUACAACUUCCGAGUUACCAUGGUGACGUGGGGUGACCCCCAGCUCAACUGUUGUGACAGCUCCACUGUCAACUUCGUCACAGCUCCGGAGGCGCCCCACAUCUCCUCAGUGGAGUACUCCCAUGGGCAGCUGUAUGUGCGCUGGACCUACGGGGACCUGUUCACCGACCUCUCCCACUCCCGCGUGCUGCACUGGCAGGUGGUGGCCGAGGGCAAGAAGGGCGCCCGCAAACGCUUCUCCACCGACGUGACCCGCACUAUGAUGAAGACCAGCAUGUCACUGCCACCUGGGGACAUCUACAACCUGACGGUCACCGCCUGCACCGAGCGAGGACGCAACACCUCCAUGCCACACAUCAUCAAACUCGAACCAGCCCCUCCCAAGUCCCUGUAUGCAGUGAACGCUACGCACAGCGCUGUGACUCUACUGUGGAGUGAAGAGGGGGUGGUGGACUUCUACCAAGUGUCCUGCAAACCCCUGGGACCCAACAAAGAGCUCAAGUCUCGUGAGCCCCAGACUGCGCACUCUCACGUGUCCACGGUGGGGGGCCUUCUGCCCUCCUCCUCCUACAACUGCAGCGUCAUAGGAAUCAGCUACAGCACGCCCAGCGACCCCGCCUACAUCACCAUCACCACACUGGGGAGGGAGAUGAACCCUAGCGUGGCGGCCAUCUCGGCUCUGGCCGUACUGAGCGUGCUCCUCAUCAGCCUCCUGGUGCUCUUCCUGCUCGUCCUGCGCAAGAAGCACAUGCAGAUGACCAGGGAGUGCGGGGCUGAGACCUUUGUGAAUUUUGCCUCCUUUGAGCGGGAUGGCAAAAUGCCAUACAACUGGCGAAGGAGCUUCUUUGCCUUCCUUACUCUUCUGCCAUCCUGCCUAUGGACUGACUAUCUUUUGGCUUUUUAUAUUAAUCCGUGGAGCAAGACCGCACUAAAGAAAAGGAAACUAACAAGUCCCGUACAGCUAGACGACUUUGAUCCCUACAUCAAAGACAUGAGCAAAGACUCGGCCUACAAGUUCUCACUGCAGUUUGAGGAGCUGAAGAGUGUAGGUCUGGAUCUUUCCCAUGAGGCUGCUGACCUGCCUGUCAAUAGGCCCAAAAAUCGCUACACUAACAUCCUGCCAUAUGAUUUUAGCCGAGUCAAGCUCAUCUCCAUGCACAACGAUGAGGGCUCAGAUUACAUCAAUGCCAACUACAUACCGGGCUACAACUCUCCUCGUGAGUACAUCGCCACGCAGGGCCCUCUGCCCGAGACCAGGAAUGACUUCUGGAAGAUGGUGCUGCAGCAGAAAUCCCACAUCAUCGUCAUGCUCACUCAGUGCAACGAGCGCAGGCGGGUAAAAUGCGAUCACUACUGGCCCUUCACGGACGAGCCUGUGGGCUACGGGGAGAUCACCGUGGAGAUGCUGUCAGAGUCGGAGUCGGCAGACUGGACCGUCAGAAACUUCAGACUGAACUACGCUGACGAGAGUCAGGACGUGCUGCACCUGAACUACACCUCCUGGCCCGACCACGGCGUGCCCACCGUCAACGCCAUCGAGACCAUCCUGCAGUUUGUGCAGAUCGUCAGGCAACAGGUCAACCGGACCAAGGGGCCCAUCGUAGUGCACUGCAGUGCUGGCGUGGGUCGGACGGGCACGUUCAUCGCACUGGACCGCCUAAUGCAGCACAUACGCGCGCACGAGUUCGUGGACGUGCUGGGCCUUGUCUCGGAGAUGCGCUCCCAUCGCCUCUCCAUGGUGCAGACAGAGGAGCAGUACGUGUUCAUCCACCAGUGUGUGCUGCUGAUGUGGAAGAAGAAGAAGCAGCAGUCGGUCACCAGUGACGUCAUCUAUGAGAACGUCUCCAAGUCGUAAUGCCAUCACAACAAGCAACCACAUGCUCAGUUGUGACCAUUCACACUCCUCUCUCUCUCUCUUUCUCUCUCUCUCUUAUCUCUCCUCUCCGUUCCUGGUGAAGUGCUGCGGAGAAAUCUUCAACAGCAAAACCAAAACAACAAGUAUGAGGGAAGGAGAGAUCAAGAAACUCAACACAACAAAAACAAAAACAAAAACAAAAAAAUAAAUAAACACAUGAACAUCCGAGAAGAGAAGACAAGACAAAACUACGUAGUACCGCCAUGGGCUACUGUAUAUGUGUUCGAAAUAAAUACAAUUCUCUGGUA